AUGGAGCACGUGAUGAUGUUGAAAGAGAAUUUGAUAGAAUGGAAGAGCUUGAAGCACGGCAGCAACAACUCCAACAUUCAAGGACAAGGUUGCCACCACCUGCAGCUAGGAAAAGGAAAAAAAACUACUGGAAUAGAGACGUUUUUUCCAUCUUCAACAACACUUGGAGCCCAACCAACGAUAAAACGUGUAUUGCAAAGUAAAGAAAUUGUGGAAAAAUGUGACAUUGCCAUUGCAAAGUGGAUGGUUGAUGCUUGUGUGCCAUUUAAUGCAGUUAAUUCAGCAUAUUACCAACCAAUGAUUGAUGCUAUUGCAAACAUGGGUGUAGGAUAUAAAGGUCCAAACUUUGGUAGAGUUCGUGGGUAUUUGUUGAGUAAGUUGGUGGAUUAUGUGAAAAAGAUUAUUGAACAGUAUCAUGAAAUUUGGAAGCGAACUGGAUGUACUAUCAUGGCUAAUGGAUGGACUGAUCGUUGUAGGCGCACUUUAAUUAACUUCUUGGUUUAUUGUCCUAAAGGAACUAUCUUCCUAAAGUCUGUUGAUGCUUCUCAUGCCUCCAAGACUGCUGAAUUAUUGUUUAAGCUUUUUAAGGAUGUUGUCAACUUUGUCGGUCCUGAAAAUGUUGUUCACAUAGUGACGGACAAUGCUGCAAAUUAUGUUGCUGCUGGAAGGUUGUUGGAAGCUGAAUUCCCUAAGUUGUAUUGGUCUCCUUGUGCUGCGCAUUGUAUUAAUUUGAUGUUGCAAGAUAUUGGAAAGUUGAAUGAAGUCAGUGAGACAGUUUCACAUGCUUCAAAGAUUACUAAAUACAUAUAUAAUCAUUGUCAUCCAUUGUAUCUUAUGAGAAAGUUUACUGGUGGACGAGAAAUACUUCGUCCAGCUCCAACUCACUUUGCUACCAAUUUCAUAGCUUUGCAAAAUGUUGUCAAACUUACUGAGCCACUUGUUCGUGUGCUUCGUAUUGUGGAUAGUGAAGAUAAAGCUGCAAUGGGUUUUCUUUAUCAAGCUUUUAAUAUGGCUAGAGAAGAGAUGGUGAAGAGGUUUCGACGAAGAAAGAAGAUUGUGGAGCCUUACUUGAAGAUUUUGGAUACUCGUUGGGAUUCACAACUUAAAAAAAAUUUUCAUGCUGCUGGCUAUUGGUUAAACCCUGCUUUUCGAUUCAACGCUGCUGAAUUUGAAAAAUAUAAGCAAACCACUUCUGGCCUACUAGAUGUAAUUGAGAAAUAUUCAUAUGAUGAUCUAGAAUUGAAUACUAAGUUGACAAGUGAGAAGAGAAUAUAUUCUAAUGCUGAAGAUGAUUUUGGAAGACAAUCUGCACUGUGUGAACGAAGCACAGUGAUGCCAGAUUCACCGCCAUUUUUAACUCCUGAAGAGGUUGAUACUCUACGAAAUGAUUUGGCAAAUAUGUCCAUUCAACCAACUUUGGAUGAUCUUGAUAAAUUAAAUUUGGAAGAUGACCAAGAUAAUGAUGGACCAAGUAACAAUGCUAUGGAAGAUAUGGAUACAAAUCAAAAUGAGGGAAAUGUUGAUCAAGCUCCUAAUUUUCCCUAUCAAGAUGUUGAUGCCAACUUUGAGCUCACCCCUUGGACUUGA